GGGCCUUGGUGCGCCUGCGCGCCGUCCCGCCCAGCGGCGUCCCCGUGGCCGUGGCAACCGCGGCGCAACCGGCUCGGGCGCCCGUCGGGCCUUGUGGAGCCGCCAUGAUCCCCCCCGCGGACUCCCUUCUGCGCUACGAGACGCCGGUGCUGGUCAGCCGCAACACCGAGAAGCGCUCGCCCAAGGCCCGGCCGCUGAAGGGGAGCCCGCAGCUGACGACACCCCCGGGGCCCGUCUCGCCGCCCAAGGGCAAGGCGCCGUCGCCCUCGGUGGACCCCAGCAAGCAGGCCGAGGAGAUCCUCAACGCCAUCCUGCCGCCGCGAGAAUGGACGGAGGAGAACCAGCUAUGGGUGCAGCAGGUCUCCAGCACGCCCAGCACGCGCAUGGACGUGGUGCACCUGCAGGAGCAGCUGGACCUCAAGCUGCAGCAGCGCCAGGCACGCGAGACCGGCAUCUGCCCGGUGCGGCGCGAGCUCUACUCCCAGUGCUUCGACGAACUCAUCCGGCAGGUGACCAUCAACUGCGCGGAGCGCGGGCUACUGCUGCUGCGCGUGCGGGACGAGAUCCGGAUGACCAUCGCGGCCUACCAGACGUUGUACGAGAGCAGCGUGGCCUUCGGCAUGAGGAAAGCCUUGCAGGCCGAGCAGGGGAAAUCAGACAUGGAAAGAAAGAUUGCAGACUUAGAGGACGAGAAACGGGACUUGGAGAGGCAAGUGAAUGAGCAGAAGGCCAAGUGUGAAGCCAUUGAAAAGCGGGAACUGGAAAGGCGACAAGUUGAAGAGAAGAAGCACACUGAGGAAGUCCAGUUCCUGAAACGGACCAACCAGCAGCUCAAGGCACAGCUCGAAGGCAUCAUUGCACCAAAGAAAUAAGCCUUCUGUCAGCCCAGUGCAAAAAGUGCCUUGAGGGGGAAAACUAGAACACAGCUGCAGAGUAUUCUUCCAGAAAGCUUCCAGAAUCUACCAGUACCUCAUCUGAAUCAACAUAGAUUCAAAUACUGUUCAAAUGCCUCCUCCAUAUUUAAAAAGAAUCUCAACUGGCUUGGGAUUUGUCUUUUCAAUUAAUAUUUACUGGAGGUAAAUAACAUAGGUGUUCGGGGGUUUUUAAAGCCAGUAAUACUUUAGUUCUGGGCAGGUGUCAGCCCGACAGCAAAACAAAAGGCUGUACAAAAUUGCAUUAAAAUAAAUCCUGACU